AUGUCCACCGAUAAGAGCCUCGAGGCCCACGACCACGAGUCCCCCGACCCCACCAUCGACUAUGGGGAGGGCGAUAUGCACCGCCUCCCCCACACGCAACGGGGCAUCAAGUCGCGCCACGCGCAGAUGCUCGCCAUCGGGGGCACGAUCGGCACCGGCCUUUUCGUCGGGGUCGGGUCUGCCCUCUCCAUCGCCGGGCCCGCCUUCCUCCUCCUCUCGUACGCCCUAAUCUGCCUCCUCGUCUACGCCGUCAUCACCGCCACCACCGAAAUGAACACCUACCUACCCAUGCACGGCUGCUCGAUGGCCGCCUACGCGACCCGCUUCGUCUCCCCGUCCCUCGGCUUCUCCCUAGGGCUGCUAUACUGGUACAGCUUCGGGAUUCUAGUAGCCUACGAAACCACCGCCGCCGCAGUGGUGAUAAACUACUGGAGCAACCCGGUCCCGCUCGCCGUGUGGAUUACCCUAAUGCUCCUCGUCGUCUUCGCAUUAAACUUCAGCCCCGUGCGCAUUUACGGCGAGACGGAAUUCUGGUUCGCGUCGCUGAAAGUCAUCCUGAUCUUAGGGCUACUGAUCCUAAGCUUCAUCCUCUUCUGGGGCGGCGGACCGAGCCACACCCGGUUGGGCUUCCACUACUGGAACCACCCGGGGGCCACCAACACGUAUUUAGUGCCUGGCGCCACCGGCCGCUUUUGCGCCUUCAUCUACACACUGUGCUACUCAGUCUUCUCCUUCAACUUCGGCCCCGAGCUUCUGGUCGUCGCCGCCGGCGAAAUGCAGAACCCCCGCGCCAACCUCCCCCGCGCCGCGCGCCAAUUCUUCUACCGACUCCUCAUAUUCUACGUGUUCGGCGUCCUCGCCAUCGGGGUCAUCUGCCCCAGCAACGCCUCCGGCCUUACCACGGGGACCGGCGUCAACGCCUCACCGUGGGUGAUCGCCAUCAAGAACGCCGGCAUUUCCGGGCUGGACAGCGUCGUCAACGCCGUGAUCAUCACCUCCGCCUGGUCCUCCGCCAACUCCUACCUGUACAUGUCCAGCCGCACGCUCUACUCCCUCGCCGCGGCGGGAUCCGCGCCAGCCGUCUUCAGAAGGUGCAACCGCCACGGCGUGCCCUAUUAUGCCGUCCUGGCCAGCGCGUGCUUCGGCGGGCUGGCGUACAUGGAUUGCAGCGCUGGCGCGAGUACCGUGUUCAAUUGGUUCGUCAGCCUGACGAACUCGGCGGGGAUGAUUAGCUGGACGGCGUGCGCGGUGGUGUAUCUCCGGUUUCGCGCGGCGUGUGCCGUGCAGGGUGUUGAGGUCCCGUAUCGGUCGCGGUGGCAGCCGUAUGGUGCGUGGGCGGCGAUGGCGGUCUGUCCGCUGAUAUUGCUGGGGCAGGGGUUUCAGUAUUUCGUGGCGGGGAAUUGGAGUGUCAGUGGGUUUUUGACGAGUUAUCUGGGCGCGUUUGUGUUUUUGGCGGUGUAUGGGGUGAGGCGGGCGUUGGGGGUGUGGAGGUGGGGGGAGGGCUGGUGGUUGAGUCUGCAGCAAGUGGACUUGAGGAGUGGGUUGGAGGAGGUCGAGGCGUUGGAAGUGGAGGUUGAGUAUGAGAACGAUAGCGGGAAGAAGGGGAGGUGGUGGGAUAGGGUUUGGGGGUAG